GUUAUUAGCCAGCCGUAAACACCAACACAAUGGGCAUCGGUCCCUAUGAUGUACCGCUGGAAUCCCGUCCGUGUUAGUGGCCAGCAUUUCGUACCUGAUAUAAUGUCAAAGUUUUAGAUGUGUAUUUUCUAUCUUCAUGAAUUACUCCCAAGAAUGACUUAACUAACCUGGUAAAUUUUGCAUCCACUGUCGAUUACGCAUCUGGAUUUGGAUCAGUCGCUACCGCUAGCUAGCGAACAAGCUAGCAGAGGACUGCGCUGCAGCGCCAGGAGCGGCUGCUCUCUGCAGCGAAUCGGGAUUAGCGUUAAUAGCCAGCUAGCUCUCAAUGUUGAGCGCUCGCUAACGAUACUUUGGCUCAUCUGGAAGCUGGCAUUAAAAAGUUCACCGAACAUGUAAAUUGCCAUGGGACCAAAGAGACAGGAACUGGCGGUGCCAGUCAUGGCCUCCCCCCUCCCUGUCUCCAUCAUCCUUGUGGUCCUGUUGUUGGCUCAGACACCUAUGUGCCAGCCAGGGGACUGCAAGGGCCAAAGGCAGGUGCUGAGGGGACCACCAGGCUAUGUCACAGACGGACCAGGAAACUACUCUGUCAAUGGGAACUGCGAAUGGCUUAUCAAAGCUCCCAGCAACAGUCACCGCAUUGUCUUGAAUUUCACCUCCAUGGACACAGAGUGUACCUAUGAUUACCUGUUUGUUUAUGAUGGAGACUCCUAUCAGAGCCCACUCCUAGCCAGUCUGAGUGGCAACACUCUGCCUCAACCUAUUGAAGCCAAGUCUGGCAAAAUGCUGCUUCAUCUCUUCAGUGAUGCUAAUUACAAUCUCCAGGGCUUCAACGCAACCUACACUUUCUCUCUGUGCCCUGGAGCUUGUGGUGGUCAUGGCCGCUGUGAUUCCUCUACAUCAAAGUGCCAUUGCCAUCAAGGUUGGGGAGGAGCAGCUUGUACAACUCCUUUGUGCUCCCAGUCUUGUUCUGUGAAUGGCCAGUGUGACAAGAAAGGAGAACGCUGCGUGUGUAACACCAGCUUCAUGGAUAACGCCAGCUUCGUGGGUCACAGCUGCCAGCUCGGUCUCCAUGAUGACAGCGGGGCGGGGCAGUGGUGGCGUGUGAGUGACGGAAACCCCUACACCCCUCCCAGGACGGGUUCUGCUGGCGUGUACCUGUCCUCCACUGGAGCCAUGUACUUGUUUGGGGGAUUUGAUUUGAACAGAGCUCUUGGUGACUUGAUCAAAUACAAUUUCACAUCCAACCAAUGGGAAAGCAGGUCUUAUGGUCACUCUCCUGUGGCUCGUCAUUCCCACACCGCAGUAGAAUGGAUGGGUAACCUGGUUAUUUUCGGAGGAGAGCUAGCCAACGGCUCCCUGGCCAGUGAUGUCUGGAUGUACCGGCCAUCCAACGAUGACUGGCAACAAAUUGGCUUUUCAACUUCACGUGGUGCUCCUAAACUGGCCAAUCAUGCUGCAGCUGUAGUAGACAGUUAUCUCUAUGUAUUUGGAGGUCGCACUGAGGAGGAUAUGUUUUCCUCUUCUCUUUAUCGGUUCGAUCUCCAUGGUUCUGGAUGGUGGGAGACGGUUCAGCCCACUGGUGGGAAGCCCCCCGCCACAGCUGGACACUCCAUGGUCUUCCACAGCCCAUCCAGGACACUGCUGGUCUAUGGAGGCCACAGGCCUACCACUGCCAGGUUUAGUGUGAGGGUGAACAACACCGAUGUGUUCCACGUGGACAGGCGGUUUUGGACAUCUUUCCGUUCCCGUUUCCCAGCAACAGGCCCCAGAGAGAGAGCUUUCCACUCAGCCACUGUCAUUGGAAACUACAUGGUGGUCUACGGAGGGAAUGUACAUAUUCACUAUCAAGAAGAGAAGUGCUAUGAUGAGGAGAUCUUCUUUUAUCAUCUGGGCUGUCAUCAGUGGGUGUCUGCUGGGGAGAGAUGGUCGCACAGUGGGGAUGCUGUUCGUGGGCGGUACUCGCAUGUUGCUGCUGUGAUGGAAGGGCGAGUGCUGCUGGUUGCUGGGGGUUACAGUGGUGUUGCUCUUGGAGACCUGGUGGCUUACAAAGUUCCACUGUUUGUCAGUAGCGAUCAAGGGGACAGGGAUGCUGUUUGUGCUGAAGCACUAGAUGAAAGUAUGUGCCUUAAGAACCCAGAGUGCAGCUGGUGUGAAGGCCGAUGUAGAGAGUACCAGCCCACUAAUCCGUGUGGCAGUAAUGGUUGCCUGGGCUUGGCUCGCUUCCUGUCUGACUGCCAGUCCUGUCUGGUGUUCAGUGGCACUCCAGCUUCUCUGGCCCGUGCCCCUGGUGAUUUUGGCUGGUGUGUUCAGAAUGAGUCCUGCCUACCGGUGUCAGAGCGAAGUGUGUGCCGUGUGGACCAGAUCUCAGGGGCGUACGGCUGGUGGGGGGAGCGUACCCGUUUCCUAACCUCCCUCCACUCCUGUCGCACCGAGAACUAUGUCCCGGGACUGCACCUGCUCACCUUCCAGCACCCCCGCAACAACUCCCAGCCUGACAAGGUGUCCAUCCUCCGCAGCACCAACAUCAUCCUUAGCCCCACCACAGAAAUGGACGUAGCUCUACAGUUCAGGGGCUUUAUCCACCCAUUAUGGGGGGCUCCUCCACCUGCACCUCCUCCCACCGAGACUGUCUCCAUGUGGGCUCGAAUCCAGAGGCUCCACUUUGAGGCUCGAAUGGCAUCAGGGCCAAAUUCUAGCCAUUUGGAGGUGGUGGGGCGUUGGGCAGCCCAGCAGGAGAAGGAGUUGAAGCUGCUAACUCGCACAGAUGGAAGUAGACUGUUCUCUAACCUCACCAGGGGCAACCAUUACCUCGUUCAGGCUGAAGGCUACCUUAACAACUCAGGCUCGGGACAGACCAGUGAGAUGGCCCUGAUCUGGAACAGAACGUUGCCUGGAGGGAGUGAGAUCUCAUUCUUGUUCCUGGAGCCCUACCGCUCAGGUUCCUGCUCAGGGUACAUGUCCUGUCUGGCCUGCCUCUCAGACCAGUCCUGUGGCUGGUGUCCAUCUUUGUCCCGCUGCCUGCUGCGGGAUGGCCCAGAGCCUGAGCCCUGCCCUGAGGAAAGGAAGGGGGAAGUCAUGGGAGACGGUCAGCGCCAUCUGCUGCUGGCACCCCAGCACUGCACCUUGUGUGAAGAGUAUAGAGACUGCUCUGCUUGCACUCAGGAUCCUUAUUGUGAGUGGCAGAUCAACUCCAGCAAGAAAGGUGACUACCAGUGCAGUCGACGGGGAAGAAUGGAUGGAUCCAUACGUGAUCCUAGGGGUUGUCCUAAAGUCUGCAACCAGAGAAAGACAUGUGGUGAGUGCCUUUCCAAUUCCAGCCAGUGUGCGUGGUGUGAGUCAGCCCAGGCCUGUUUUUAUUUUGCUGCCUACCUCACAAAAUACCCCUAUGGAGAGUGCAGGGACUGGUAUGACAGUGUUCAUUCGGUUCCCCAGUGUAAGCAGUGUUCAGCCUUAAACACAUGCACAGACUGCCUGCGAACAUUCCAGUGUGGCUGGUGUGGCGAUUACAACAAUCCUACAAUUGGAAAAUGUUUGAGGGGAGACUGGGCAGGAAUGGACGACCCCUUGGUGUACAACUGCAGUUUGGCUGUGGCUGAAGCACGGGCUGCAAACCCUGAGCCCCAGACCUCGGCCCCACCUCGACCCCUGGAAAUGGAGAUGGAGUUGGAGCAUUUGGAUGACGAAGAGCCAGAUGCAAUUUGGUCCUACCCCACCUGCCCUGAUGUUGAGGAAUGCAGGCUGGGACUCCACAACUGUCACCCCUUUGCCACCUGCAUCAACACUCCCACCUCCUAUGAGUGCCACUGUGAGAGAGGAUACACAGGGGAUGGCACACUGCACUGCAACCAGACAUGCUACAAUGAGUGUCGUAAGGGUCAGUGUAGCGGCAGCCCACGGUAUGAGUGUGAAUGUUCCCUGGGCUGGACAUCUGAUCCUGCAACUCUAAUUCUGAGUGGUGUUGAAUGUGAUGUGAACUGUGGCUGCAACUUCCACUCCACCUGUAUUACUGCUCCAGGGAUCUGUGACGAAUGCCAGGAUUGGACUACGGGGCCACACUGCGAGCACUGCCGUCCAGGAAGCUUUGGUUCAGCCCUGGCUGAUGGAGGCGGCUGUGUUCCCUGUGAAUGUAACGGCCAUGGCGACCCUCUCCAAGGAUACUGUCACAACCAGACAGGCCAGUGCUACUGCACCCACAACACUCAGGGACUGCACUGUGAGUCCUGCCUGCCUGGUUACUACGGAGACCCCAGGAACAAUGGCACAUGCUACCGACAGUGUCAGGGUCGUUCUGUGUUGCUCUCCUCCACCUCCUCCUCCUCUGCCAUGACACUCUCCUCUUCUCUCGGGUGGCGAAGUGGCACCGAGGGCAAAGGAGGACUUUCCCAUUGCCUGUGGGUCCUGUCUGUGACUGAGAACCUGGCACCUUGUCUGCCCACACAGCUGUGUCCACCUGUAGCCCUCACUCUACACCCAGACUCCCAUACAUAUUGUAAAAGCUCAUACGUCUAUGUAUUUGAUGGCCUUCCUCGUUUUCUGGCCAAUGGAGUGGUACACCCAGAUCACAACUUAAUUGGAGCAUUUUGUGGUACCACAAGGACACAACCUGUUACAGUGGAGGCCACCUCAGGUCUGAUCUCUGUCUACUUUGAGGCCAACGUCUCCUCAAACAAACCUCAAGGCUUCAAUGCUUCUUUUUGGGUGCGACAAUGUCACCAGAGCUCUGAUGAGGGGGAAGAGGGUUCCCUUGUGUGUCCAGGAGGAGCCCAGUGCCAAGGAGGACUCUGCCAGUGUCCUCAGGGAUAUGGGGGGCCCCACUGCGACCGGCCUCUGUGUCCUCAGGAUUGUGGAAUAGCAGAAGGAAGGGGAGCAUGUAAUAUAUCUCUUGGAGUGUGUGUCUGCUCAGGCAACUGGGCUGACACAGACUGCUCUGUUCCUCGGGACUCCAACAGCCUGGUCUGGGAAACCCUGCUGGACACACAGCUAACUGUGAACCAGGCCCACAGGUUCCUCCACAGGAUGGGCCAUUCUCUGGUGUCUGGACCACAAGGUAACCUCUGGAUGUAUGGAGGACUCUCUCUGUCAGAUGGCAUUCUAGGGAACGUCUACAGAUAUUCUGUGUUGGAGAACCGUUGGACCCAAAUGUUGACAGGUUCUGUGGAAGAAGGUUCAACACCAAGCCCUCGCUAUCACCACGCAUCUGCACUGCUGACCACUCACGAGUCUGGCUUUGGAAGCCACGGAGCCAGUCACAACAUCAUGUUGGUAGUCGGUGGUGUCAUGCAAAAUGGAGUUGCCAUGGAUACCUGGAGUCUCAAUCUCACCAGUUUAGUAUGGAGAGAACACAAGAGCUCAGUGCUGCCCCCAGUGGCGGGCCACACUCUGACUGUACGCCAAGACUCCUCUGUGCUGUUGAUUGGUGGUUACUCUCCAGAGAACGGCUUCAACCACCAUCUACUGGAGUUCAGCCCUCAUUCUGGAAACUGGACCAUUGCCUCCCACACUGGGACACCACCUACAGGUUUAUAUGGCCACUCAGCAGUCUAUCAUGAGCAGACUGAUGCCAUCUAUGUCUUUGGAGGCUACCGUUUUCACGUAGAGACGGUGGAGCCUUCAGGCGAGCUCUAUAGUCUGUACUACCCCAACCUUACCUGGUCUCUGCUGGUCCCCUCACAGGGUAAUAAGCCCCUGUCCCGUUUCUUCCACGCUGCAGCCCUAAUCAAAGACACCAUGGUCGUUGUUGGGGGGAGGACAGAAGCAGAAGAUUAUAGUAACUCAGUGUCUCUGUAUCAAAUCAACUGUAACACCUGGAUCCAACCAGUCUCAGUAAUAGGAGAUCCAGUUAAUCGAUCAGUGUCUCUUGCCAUGACAAGCUGGGAUGGCCGGCUCUUCCUAUCAGGGGGCUUCAAUGGUGUCACACUGGGCAGAGUCUUAACUCUGACUGUGCCCUCUGACCCCUGUGCCCUGCUGCCCACAGCAGAGGCUUGCAACACCACCACAGGCAGCUGUGCCUGGUGUAGAGGAACCUGUGUUUCCUCUGACACUGCAGAGAGAAUGGGCUGCUUCACCAGCCAGUCUCCCUGUUCACCGACCCCUCGUCAGCCAGAUCAGUGCCGCAGACUGAAGACUUGCAGUGAAUGCCUCGCCCGACACCCUAAGACAUUCUCAAGUCCAUCACAGCAUGCUCUACAGUGUAAGUGGUGCACAAACUGUCCAGAGGGGGCCUGUAUUAGCAGCUCUGUUAGCUGUACAUCUGAACAUGACUGUCGGAUCAACCAGAGAGAGAUAUUCCUGUCCAGUAACUGCACUGAGACCAGCUGUGAGGCUUCUGACUGCCCCAAAUGUACUGCCUCUGGAAAAUGCAUGUGGACUCGCCAGUUCAAACGCACAGGUGAGACAAGACGCAUCCUGAGUGUGAACCCCACAUAUGACUGGACAUGUUUCAGCUAUGCCCUGCUCAACGUCUCACCCAUGCAGGUGGAGUCUUCUCCUCCUCUGCCGUGCCCUCCACCUUGCCACAGUCUCCAUAACUGCAGCCUCUGUCUGGGCUCCAGAGGCUCUGAUGGGGGCUGGCAGCACUGUGUGUGGAGCAUGGCUCUGCAGCAGUGUAUGAGCCCAUCUUUUGUGCCACUGCGAUGUGAGGCGGGUCAGUGUGGUCGUCUGCUCUCUGGGGGGGACUCUUGCUCUCCCCAGUGCUCCCAGCUCACCCAAUGCUCCCAGUGCAUUGCCAGGCCUCAGUGUGGCUGGUGUGCUGCUCGGGGGGGCAAUGGGGCUGGACGCUGCCUGCAAGGAGGACUUGAUGGUGUGAGUGAGGGCGUUUGUCCCCCAGAAAAUAGCAGUUGGUCUUUCCUGAACUGUCCAGAGGAGGAUGAGUGCUCAAACGGUCAUCACCAUUGCAACAGCACCCAGGACUGCCACAACCUACAACAGGGGUACCACUGCACCUGCAAACAGGGUUACAUACUCAGCAGUGUUUCUGGUCAGUGUGAGCCAGUGUGUGCACAAGGCUGUGUGAACGGGACGUGUGUGUCCCCAGGAGUUUGCCAGUGUCACUUUGGCUUUGUUGGGGAUAACUGCUCCUCUCAGUGCAGCUGCAACAAACACAGCAACUGUGCUGGUGUUAACAAACCAGAUGUUUGCCUUGAGUGCCACAAUAACACCAUAGGUAAGCACUGUGAGAAGUGUAAGCCACUGUUCGUGGGGUCUGCCAAGGGGGGUGGCACCUGCCGUCCAUGUCGGGAGUUUUGCAGGGGGAACAGUGCUAUGUGUCUGUCCCGGGAUGAACAUAAGAAGGCCACUGACAACCCACGGCUGUUCCCUCUGGACCCUAGCAGUAUUCAGGACUGGGUAUCUGAGGGUCCCACAGAAGAGAACGCUGUCUGUGUGAAUUGCCAGAACAACAGUGUGGGGGACAAGUGUGAGAGCUGCCUCAGUGGCUACUUCCUACUGCAGGGGAAAUGUGAGAAAUGUCAGUGUAAUGGCCAUGCAGACACAUGUAAUGAACACGAUGGUACCGGUUGCCCCUGCCAAAACAACACAGAGACCUCUUCUUGUCUGAGCAGCCCUCAGAGUGACCGGAAGGACUGCUACAGGCAGCAGUGUGCAAAGUGCAAAGACUCAUUCAAUGGCACACCGGUGAAUGGGCGCCAGUGCUACCGUCAGUUCAACGUGGACACCGAGUGCUGCUUUGACCCCACAUCCCAGACCAACUGCUUCCAUGAUCCCACCAUUCGCAACCUGCCCAAGGGGCGCACUGUGUUCUUUGCUGCCCAGCCAAAGUUCACCAAUGUGGACAUUCGAGUCACAAUUGAUGUUACCUUUGGUGAAGUGGAGGUGUACGUGUCCAACUCUCAUGACACCUUCAUUGUGGAUGUGGACCGGUACACAGGGAUUCACACCAUCAAGAUUGAAGAGGAAUCAGUAACUCGAGGGACAAUGAUGGAUAAGGAUGCACCUCCAUCUCCUAUUAAGGUGUUUGCAAACACCUCAUCUAGUCUGGGGGGUCCCAUGCUCUCCCAGAAUCCAUUGCAGUUGCAAGCAAAACCCCCAGGGGGAGAGAGAGAGAUUAGGGAGGAGCGGGCUGCAGGACUCAUCACCUACAUCACUGUGUGGAAACCACAGACGGUGCUGAUUGUCCGAGGUGUUCGAGAUCGUGUGGUCAUCACCUUCCCCCAUGAGGUGCACUCCCUGAAAUCCAGCCGCUUCUACAUUGCUUUGAGAGGUGUGGGGACUGACGAGAGACAGGGAGAGUCCCAGGGCCUGCUGUUUCUACGACAGGACCAAGCACACAUCGAUCUUUUUGUCUUCUUCUCUGUUUUCUUCUCCUGCUUUUUCCUCUUCCUGUCUGUCUGCGUCCUUUUGUGGAAGGUUAAGCAGUUCCUGGACUUCCGUCGGGAGCAACGUCGCCACAUCCAGGAGAUGACCAAGAUGGCGUCAAGACCCUUUGCUAAACUCACCAUAUACCUUGAGCCAGAGGAGCCUCAGCUCAUCUACCUGCCUUCAGCUGGUGGUGGGGUGGGGGGCAGCACUGUAUCGCUUGCUCAUGCCCGCACAGGCAAGUUAGGAGGAGUGGUGGUGGGCCAGAGGGGCAGGGCAGGAGCUGUCUCAUACAAACAUGACCCAGGUUCUGGACCCACAGUCCACCACCACCAUCACCUCACGCUGGGCGGAGGGGGCAACAGUGGCCAGCACCUGCCACUUCACUACCUGAACACUCACCACUAUGCCAGCACCACCACUGGCACCCCAGCCUCACAUCACCAUCCGUCCACGUACAGCGGCUACCAGCACUUUUGCCGCUCUGACCCCUUCCUCUCGCAGCUCAUGGGCUUUUCCUAUUCCUCUUUUAAAGUAGGGCCCAUCACCCUGGAGCCCACUGAUGACGGCAUGGCUGGGGUGGCUACUGUCCUCUUCCAGUUGCCUGGGGGUGUCUUGGCUCCAAAUCGUGCCUGUCUGGGCUCUGCACUGGUUACUUUGCGUCAGAACUUACAAGAAUACUGUGGCCAUGGCAAUGGAGGGGGGCACCCAGGGGCAGGAGCAGCACGA